AUGUUAUUUCUGGUGGUUCUUCUGCUCUGCCAUCUGGCUGCAGCUUCACUGACAAUUACAAUCCCUGUCACAAAUCUUCUGCCUAACCCACAUGGCCUCCCCGCAUCCACCCAUGCCACUUUGACCACGCUCCCCUCCGCCGGCAACGAUCAUCUUUUAACCGCCUCCCUCUCUCACACCUCAACUUUGGUCUUCCAUGAUAUUCCCGCUCGGCAAGAGUCCUACCUGUUGGACAUCCGUUCUAGCGAAUUCAUCUUCGCCCCUUACCGCGUCGACGUGGCCGCCGAUGGCUCGGUCCUAGGAGUCUGGGAGACCUUCCGCGGAAACCCGUGGGAUAACCGUGGUGCGGAGAAAUAUACUGUUGAUGCGACUCGCAAGACACAAUCAGAUGUCACUGUCGAGGCCAAGCUUGUGGGUCGCAGGAACUUCUUUGAGGAACGCGCCAAGUUCUCACCGAUGAGUCUGGUCAAGAACCCCAUGAUCUUGUUGGCUAUUGUUGCCUUGGCUUUCACUCUUGGCAUGCCGAAGCUGAUGGAGAACAUGGAUCCGGAAAUGCGUGCUGAAUUUGAGGAGCACUCACGAUCUUCACCUUUGACCGGAGGUGCAAGCAAUGCCCUUGCUGGAGGUGGAUUUGAUUUGGCUGGCUGGAUGGCAGGUACCUCAUCUGGUCCCAUAGCCAAUGCCGAUACUGCUUCAGCUGGGACUACCGGUCGUGAAACGGGUGGCGCAACACGGCGACGUUGA